CUCACGCACACACAGUGUCAGUGUGUCGGUCUGCUGCACAGCGCGCGCUGCCCUUUGGAUGCCCACCGGAGUCAAACUGGAUCAGUAAAUCUUGUUUUGCCGUAAAUUUUGCUCAUUUUUUAAACGGGAGUUCUGCGGAGGAUCGUCCCCGCCGCCGGAGACCUUUUCUCCGUAUCUGCUGACCUCUGGAUUUGACCUUUGACCUUUUAAUGACCUCUGAUGUUCCUAACAUGAUGACGCAUCUUCACUGUCAUCACCACACUCAGCGUCCCUCCUCUCACUAUGGUCGCCCAUCAGCUCGGUGACCAUCCAGUCUGUUGCUAUACCCUCCGUCAACUGGCUGUGAGAAUGCACGUGAUGGGCAGCGUCUCCCCGGCCAACGAGAGGGAGAGUUUCUCUCUCCAUGAGGAGGACGUUGCCGUGGCUGUGCCGACGUCUCCUCCUUCCCCUCCUCGUCCUCUAUCGAGAUUUUCUGAUAACCAGACAAGAGGAUCUCCGCCACCACCUCCACCUCCUCCUCCUCCUCCUCCUCCAUGUCUGCCUCCUCCUCCUCCUCCUCCCCUGCCAUCUCUGCUCCCUGGACUCGGAGACCCCACAGGAGGCCUGAGGAAGAAGAAGAGGGUGAGGAGUUUCUUCUGGAAAACAAUACCAGCGGAGCAGGUGAAGGGGCGGGCCAACCUGUGGACUCAGGGUCUGGUGCAGCAGGAGUACCAGAUUGAUGUCCAGACCAUCGAGGAGCUGUUUGGUCAGAACGACUCUCAGUCAAACGCCAAGACCACGCCCAAAAGAGGAGGGAAGGCCAGGAGCUCGUUCAGGGACAUCAGAGAGGAGGUCUCUAUUCUUGACUCAAAGAGAGGGAUGAACAUUGGGAUUUUCCUCAAACAGUUCAAGAGGUCCAAUCAGGUGAUAGUAGACGAUAUUCGCCAUGGAAACAGUGAUCCGUACGGGGCGGAGCCUCUGAGGGAGCUGCUGAAACUGCUGCCAGAUACUGAGGAGGUGAUGAAGCUGAAGGCGUACCAAGGCGACGUCUCUAAACUCUCAUUGGCCGACUCGUUCGUGUACCUGCUGAUUCAGCUCCCCAGUUACUCGGUCCGUAUUGAGUCCAUGCUGUUGAAGAGAGAGUUUCCCGGGGCGUGUGACGCCAUGAAACAUAACAUUAAGAUCCUUCGCUCUGCCACCAAAGAGUUAAUGUGCUGUGAGGAGCUCCAUGCUGUUCUUCAUCUGGUGCUGCAGGCUGGAAACAUCCUCAAUGCUGGAGGUUAUGCAGGAAACGCAGUUGGUUUCAAGCUGUCAUCCCUCCUGUCUCUGGCCGACACCAAGGCCAACAAGCCGGGCAUGAACCUACUGCACUUUGUUGCUCUGGAAGCACAGAAAAAAGACGAGAAACUGUUGGAGUUUCCACUGAAGUUGAUUCAUGUUCAGACUGCAGCCAGGAUCUCCUUGGAAACGCUGGAUGCUGACCUGCAGUGUCUGACGUCGCGCACACACUCAGUAGAGGAGAGCGUCCAGAGAGACACAGAACUGCUGCAACAACUGGACAGCUUCCUGCAGUGUGCAACGUCAUCUCUAUGCUUGCUGCGUGGUAGCCGGCAGCAGCUGAAGAAGGAAGGCAGUGAGCUGAUUGAUUUCUUCUGUGAGGACAGAGACAUGUUCAGACUGGAUGACUGCUUCAGCAUCUUCCACACCUUCUGCUCCAGGUUCACUGAUGCUGUCAAGGAGAACAUGGAGAGGGAGGCUAAAGAGAUGGCCCGUCGCCGUCGAUUGCAGGAGCUGGAGGAGCAGAAGAGGCACUCUUGGUCGGGGGGCGAGGAGGUGGGAGGAGCCUUUGGGUUGCGCUGCAGCAGCGAGACAGACAUGUCAGCUGCUAUGUCACGCCACGACGAGGCCGGGCUGCUGAUGGAGCUCCUGUCUCCUAGAUUCAGCCCUCGUUCACCUCUAAACAACUCCCACUUUCCUCUGGGGCGCUCGGGGAGCCUACGGCGUUCCCGGAACUCUCCAUCCAGCUCGCCAUCCGUUGCUGCUGAGCGUGAAUUGAGCAUGCUCCUCGGAAUGGCGACCCCUGACCACAAAGUCACCCAGCAGAGAGGAGAGGAAGAGGCAAGGACAGCUUUCCAAUCAGCCUCACCUGAAUCUGGGCUUAGAAGUCCAGGACUCUCCCCUCAGACUUGGCCUCGAAAUCUGAGAGUGACAACAUUCAGCUUCCCCCAAAACCAGCAGUCUCAGGCAGGCGAGAUAGCAUCGCAAACCCCCUCCUCACCUCCCAAGACCCCUAGGAGUCCAAAAAACUCAAACGCACACCGUACAACCACCACUUACCUCAACAAUGAUGCUACCCAGACUCAAGUUGACACCAUCAAUCCCACAAAUAAAGUUACAGUCAAACCUACCUCUGAUUUGAACCAGCAAUCUGACCACAACAACAAUGGCAAAGAUCGACUCAGUCUGGGUUUUAGCAGCCAGGUAACAACUUCAGACCAUCAAACGUACUUUGGUUUGAGGGGGGAAACAUCUACAAUGAAUGACAAUGCUGAAAAAUCAAGAGCUGAUCAGGAUUUUAGUGGACAAAUUGUCUCCUGUGAUGAGAAACCCAAACCCAGUGCUGCAAACAGCAACAUGUCAGUGGUUUUAGAAAAAUGCACACUGGUUCCUGAGCUGAAAGUGUUCGACAAGAACACACACCACAGUCAUCUCCAGGGAUAUCACCAGGACAAUAUGGUAAUCACAGAUAUGGAAGAGAAGGGAGUGGACAAAUCCAAAGUCCAGGAGGCACAGACUAACUCCCACAUCGGGAAUACAGAAAAAUUUGGUGUUUUAAUUUCUGACACAAGUUCUUCCUCAUCACAGAGAGAGGAAGAGGAGGGCCGAGAGGACAAGGUGGUUGUAUGGUGUGUGACUGGUGUGUGCGAGGCAGCUGGUGAGCACACACACACUGACAACACACUUGAACAAACCGAGAGGAAUCAGUGUACAAGUGACAAUCAAGGAGGAAAUGAGAAAGCUUCCUCUGCCCCAGCCAAUCGCACGCCUUCAGAACCUCAGCCAGCCAAUGAGACGCCAGUGCCUGUACCCAUCAGCAGCCAACCAGUGCCUGUCUCCCGCUGUGACGACUCACCACUUACCGUAUCUUCCAAGAGGUGGCAACCAGCAGAGCCGGCAUCUUCCAGUCUAACUAUCACCGCAGAUGCCUCUAAAGAUGCUAAAGAACCAGUCAAUAAAGGAGAAGAAGAAGAGGGCUCCACCAGUGAGGAGAGAAAAUUGGAACCCCCCCCUGAGCAAUCAACAGAGAGCAAAAACAAGACUGCUCAUUCUCACAUGACUAGUGAAAAUACAGAAGCAGCUCCUUCCACCAAUGGAAAGGCAGAAGCUGCUACAUUGUCCAAACCAUCCACCAAGAACCUCGCUACCUCUAAAACUCGACUGGCUGGGAUUAAACACACAACCCCAAACACCAACAAAUGCAAACCUGUCCGCACACUCACCAACUCAGAGAAUCAAGGCAUGAGGCGGGUUGUGCCCAUUUCAAGGACCAGCCGAGGUCCUCCAUCCCUGGGCAAACAUCCUGAGAAGCCUCCUGGUCACCGAGGUUCUUCCAGCACUGCAGCGCCCUCCAGUUUGAACGUCGCCAACCUUAACAGCACCUCCCUCCGACAAGGAGGGAGGCCCUCGACUGCUCCACCAUCCCAACGCUCCAUUAUCCACAAGGACCCUAAGGAUCCAAAGGAUCAGAAAGUUCCAGGCACUCAAUCGUCUGCCAGAGAGCAGAACCAGGAAAGAAAGCCAUCCACCCAAAGGCCCUUAAUGAAACCCAAACCCCAGCCAGAGGAGAAGAUGUGUCGCUCCACUCUGCGGGCACUCAAUCAGGCUGUAGAAGGAAGUGGAGGAGGAGGCAGCCUCAGUGCCCCUGCCACCCCUUUGCAUAAAGCCACUACCCCUUCAUCAUCACUGCUUCCAGGUUUUGCCCGAAGCACCGCCUCUUCUUCUUUCAGACGGACCCAUACCACCCUUACUCCUCCUCAUUCAGCCCACACUGGCUCAGACUCGUCCCCUAAAUCCUCCCCCAAGACUUCCUCCUCCUCCGUCCCCCCAACCAGCACCUCCACGCCUUUCACCCGAACAGGCUCACUGAGAGUCUCCACCCCCUCCAAAUCCUCAGAUCUACACAACCUGCCCUCCUCGGCCUCCUCACCACUGAGGAGGACUCAGAGCAUCAGGGCAGCUCCUCGCUCACCACUUCAUGACUCACUGGCUCCCCCUAAAGGCCACCGGCGGAACAAUAGCGGCAGCUUUUCUGACAAGUCCACUCACUCUCGGGACUCAGGCAAGGCCACCAGACCCAGCUGGAGAUAACCAAUGUGAGGCUGCUUUCCAAUAUGAAGUCUAGACAGUGCCUCCUACUCCUUCCUCCUUUUCUGGAUUUGGAAAGAAAACCAGAUGAUACAUUCCAGUAAUGAAGUCAUACAGAAAGGAUGCAUUCCCAUAUGAAAAACAGAUGGUCUUCCAAAGCAAAGGUUUAGCUCAUGAAAGAAGGAACGUUGCAUUCCGAUAUGAAGACAGACAGACACUGCUUUCUAGUCUUUGAGUAUGAAAGGCUGAAUUCUAAUAUGAAAAUAUUUGAUGUGGUGGUAAAAGGACACAUUCCAUUACGAAAGCACAUUAUAUUUCAUCAUCAUUUCUAAAGUGGCUGCAUUCCAAUAUUAAUAAUAAAUUCUGUCCAAGGUGUUCAUUCAAACACUUUAGAUGAGAAUGCAUUCCAAUUUAAUUCAGGUGUGUAAAGGCCAGAUUCCAGCAUAAAUCCCACAUUGAGAUGGGGGGACCCAUUCCAAUAUAAACAUGCAAAGUGCCCUAUACACAGCAGAUAUAGGCUACAUUCCAAUAUGAAAUACAAUAACUGUUUCAUGGACCCUCAGACAAAACAGUCAUUCCAGCUUUCAAUUAGGAAUUGCCUUCUAUUGCUGAAAUAUUUUCUGAAUUUUGCAGUUUUUUUCUCUAGAAAGCAUGGGCUCCAUGUGUCCUUUGCGGAGCAUUAGAGGACAAAAUUGCAAAAGAAACCACACGCAAGCUUUUUAUUGACAUUAGAAGUAACAUUCCAAUAUUUAGAGGCCAACAGUCUUUUAGUUUUUAAAAAAUGCAAUGAGAAUAGUACGUACAUAUACAGGUUUCCUGUCUAAAGUCGAAGUGGUCUUCUUCCAAUACGUAGCAUGCACAUGCUAAUGACUUUAUAGUUAUAUAUAGUUAUAAAGUUUAAAAUGUUUGGUCCUCAGAGGAUGAAGGGGAGCAGCAUUUCAGCAUGAAACAUUCCCCCGUUUUAGUCCUUGAAUGAUCAAUUGAUUAAACCAAUUAGUCGUUUGAAAAUUGUUAGUUUCAGCGAUAAACCAUUUUACUUUAGUCGACAGAAUUUUCAAUCUAACAUGCAUAACCCCACAAAUUCCUGCAUCUAAUUUUGAGUACCUGCCUUCUGCCUUCCCUUCGGUCCAAACAAUAUUCAAUAUACAAUGUCAAUAAAGUCAUUAAAUAAAUGAAAAAAAUGAAAAACAACAAUUAAUUAGACUAAUCCUCCUUUUCUGGAGGUCAGAAACCAUUUUCUCAUCAUCACAAAAAAACAAUCAUAAGAAAGUUUUCAUGACCUAAUUAUUUUGUGUUUUGAAAAAACAAAACAUGAAAAAUAAUUAGACCUGCAAACGGAUACCCCAGGGUUCAAGCACAAAUAAUUACAUACACACAGUCUUCUGAGAGCUCAGGUCCAACAAAUCGGUCACAUUAGUCAGUUUUAAACGGAAGAUGAAGGAAGAAAAUAAAUGUCUACAUCUACAAAUAUGUAAUGAGAUUUUUUAAAAAUAUACUGUCUUUUCUGCAAUGUUUAUGAUAAUUAAUGGGACUGAAUCCCAGCUGUUUGUUUCCUAUCUCCUUCUGAUUAAACAACUUCAUGUCUGAAAUGCCUUUUGUGAUUUGCACCUUUAAUUUCACUAACCAAGCUGAGGAAUCUUUGUACAUCUGGCCUGAUUGGAAUAGAAAUUGUAUUAUGAUAAUUAUCCUUGUAUUUAAAAAAUGAAACGCUAAAUCACUGAGAAUCAUGUAAUUUUAAAAAAGAGAGAUUAGUUUAGACGAGGAGAUAUUUAAAGUGUCUCUGAUUCAAACCAACAGUGACUGACAUUGAGAAAAGUCUGCAGUACCAAGUUUGUUCAUAUGAGGAUAUUUGUAUGUUUAUGUACCUCUAUUUAUGUAUGUAUGUAGUUAAUAUUUGAUAUAUAUAUGUCUAUCUACUAAUUAAUAAAGUGUUAUUCCUCCAACACUGCACUUUUCUGUUCACCAGAGCUCAUUCAAAAACUGUCAUUGUAUUUCUUUUCUUUCUUCUGCAGCAGUUUUCUUUUGCCCAUU